GUAGUACCGUCCUGCAAGACUAUAGUUGAGUAUCACUCCAGGGCACUAAUGUUGACCCAGUCAAGACAGAGAACAUUUCCAGAUCUAUGCCCUGGAAGCCGGUGAUGUUUCGAUUUGUUUCCUUUGUGCUACCCUGACUGUCAUUUAUCAUAUUAUGUACUUUUAUGUUAGCAGACCAGCUUAAGCUCAUUUUUCUGGCCUUGAAAGUUAAAUCCAUUUUGCAAGAAUUCAGUAGUGAGUCAGAUGGGUAACACAUACACACACCACAGUAAAUAAACCAAAGUUAGUAAAAGUCGAAUACUGUUCAUACGUACCACGAGACCACACAGCCCUGGUAGUACUUCUGUAGAGGUAGUUGCCUCAUGGUCGGGUUAUAUUCCUCCUCGGCCUAGCUACUUAACCAGACCACGGUCAUCUUUAUCAAGCUUGGUUAUAUCAGGCCUUAGCCUUGAGUGCAUUUAACCCUUUGUAAAAGAGCCGUUCCUUUUGUUACAAGCUGUUAAGCCCAUAGUCCAGUACUUCCUGUGAGUGGAUGAGUUCCCAGAGUCUUGGCCAUAUACCUCAGUGGCUUACACACAGGUAGCACUACUUAUCUUGCUGCCAGAAUGAUCCUUACACCUUCCCUAUCACUCUCAUUCCCCUGUGGCUUUCCAGCCAGAAGUGGUGUCCUCAGACCUGGCUUCUCAGCAGUUAGCCCUGAGAGGAAAGAACCGGCUGGCUCCUCCUGGAAAUAUGCUGAGAGCAUACAGAACUUCCCCACGCCUUCAAAAUUGUACCCUGCUGCCCAGGAGCUUGCUUCAGUAGCCUUCCCAGCCCACUAUGGCCACCACCAAUAGCAGUGCGGGCGUCCGUUGGUCCAGACAGGAGACACGAACUCUUCUCUCCAUACUAGGCGAGGCAGAGUACAUCCAACGCCUCCAGACUAUGCAUCAUAAUGCAGAUGUCUAUCAGGCCGUGUCUAAGCGGAUGCAGCAGGAAGGCUUCCGCCGCACCGAACGCCAGUGCCGCUCCAAGUUUAAAGUUCUGAAGGCAUUGUAUUUAAAGGCCUAUGUUGCUCAUGCCACAAGUAUGGGGGAUCCACCGCACUGUCCAUUUUAUGAUAUGUUGGAUCAGCUUCUUCGAAAUCAGAUAGUGACUGACCCAGACAACUUAAUGGAGGCUGCUGCCUGGGCCAAGCACUGUGAUCAGAAUUUAGUGGCCUCUGACACCCCAGGGGAAGAGGGAAGCAGCAUGCGGAAAUCGAAAAGGACUCAGGCAGCUGGUCACCAGCGUAUUUUGCAAACAGUUAAGGAAUCAGAUGAGGAUUGUCAGCUGAGAAUCAGUGAUCGGAUGCCAGAAGCCAGUGACCUUGAGGACUCCUGGGAUGACUCCUCGGGUGCAGGGUGCUCUCAAGGGACCCCCAGCUACAGCAGCUCCCACCACCUUUUCAGAGGUUCAGUUGCUCCCUGUCAGAGCAGCCCCAUGACCAGACUGGGUGUGUCGAGGGAAUUCAGUCCCUGCACCAGCACCAGCCGAAACCCUCUUGGGGCAGCCUCCACACCACAGCCUCCAGGCUCCUCUUCCAGAGUUGCUUUUAUCUCUGGUGGGGAUAGACUUCUGACCAGUGAGCCCCCUCCACGGUGGGCAAGGCGAAGAAGGCGCUCAGUGGCCAGGACCAUUGCAGCUGAGUUGGCAGAGAACAGGAGGUUGGCGCGAGAACUCUCCAAGAGAGAGGAAGAGAAGCUGGACAGGCUGAUUGCUAUUGGUGAGGAGGCCAGUGCCCAGCAAGACACUGCCAAUGAGCUGCGCAGGGACACUGUCAUCGCCCUCAGACGCUUGGCGACGGCGGUGGAAGAAGCAACUGGAGCUUUUCAGCUAGGGCUUGAGAAGUUGCUUCAGAGAUUGAUUUCAAAUACCAAAAGCUAGGAACUGGUUGAAUGGACCUGUUUUUCAGACUGUUACAAGCCCACAUCGAACAACUACCUUCUGGAACCCUGGCUCCCUUUCUGUCUUCAGAAAAAAAGAAUAGAUGAACUGCUGAUACGCAGAACGGUAGUGAGUUCCUUUUCCUAAGAUUCUCCACUAAUGGAAAGGCCUUGAGGAACGGAAGGGUGACCUAGUAGAAACCAGAAGGAACAAAUCCAUAGCUAGCUUGUCCUGGCUUCCUCCUCACUAGAGUGAGGCAAUCCUCUUUACCUCUCCAGCACUCUCCUCGUCUGUUGAGGGGCUCAGUAGUCACUCCUGCCUUGCCUACCUCACAGGGCUGUUGUGAGGAACAGGUGGCUUAUAGAUGUGAAAGGGUUUUAAAGUUUGGAAGCACUAGACACAUGCCAGUUAUCAAUGCAACUGCCCUUGGCGAAGGCGAAGCUGGGGAAGCAUAACCGUUUACAAC